UUGCUUCAUAUUACUGUUAUUUCAGGCAUGCUUUUGGUCUUGUUUGCUUUAGGUUUUGAUUACCAAUUUAGGCAAAUGGGACAAUUUUCUUGAAUAUGAGUAACUAAUUUCUCUAUGUAUCUACCGAUCUAAUAGAGAAGAAGGUAUGGGGAGAGGAAAGAUUGUGAUUAGAAGGAUUGACAAUUCGACGAGCAGGCAAGUGACCUUCUCGAAGAGAAGAAAUGGGUUGCUUAAGAAGGCUAAGGAGCUAUCAAUCCUUUGUGAUGCUGAGGUUGGAUUGAUUGUCUUCUCUAGCACCGGCAGGCUUUACGAUUAUGCUAGCACUAGCAUGAAAUCAAUUAUCGAUCGUUUCAACAAACAGAGAGAGGAGCACCAUCAACUGCUGAAUCCUGCUUCAGAACUCAAGUUUUGGCAAAGGGAGGUAGCAAGCUUGAGGCAACAAUUGCGGUACUUGGAAGAAUGUCACAGGCAGUUAAUGGGGGAAGAACUUUCUGGUUUGAGUGCCAAAGAUCUACAGAAUUUGGAAAGCCAGCUGGAGAUGAGUUUGAAAGGUGUCCGGACAAAAAAGAACCAGAUAUUUGAUGAUGAAAUAAAAGAAUUGAACCAGAAGACAAAUUUCAUACAUCAAGAGAAUAUAGAACUCUAUAAGAAGCUAGACCUCAAAGGUAAAGAGAAUGAGGAACUGCAAAAGAAGGUUUAUGAAGCAAGGGAUAUGAUUGGAGGAAACAAAACUUCCCAGCCUCCAUAGCAUCAGUAAUGCAUAUGAUUUGCAUGCACCCAUCCAUCUGCAGCUAAGCCAGCCACAUAUUCAAACUCUGCCUGGGCCUCCACCUCAGAACAAUGAAGU